AUGGCCGACAAGGGGAAGGGGAAAGCCGUCGACGACACUGCCGGUACUUCGUCGCGGACUUCAGGGCGGACGGAGACUGCCGGCGGCGGCGGGACUCAUCAGGAUCUUCCACUCGGCAUCUCUUACCAGUUCAGUGGAGCUCCCGGUGGCGGGGGCGGGACGGGGCUCUCUCAGUCGCAAUUGAGGAUACCUACGACGACGGUCCAGCAGCCGCUGAGCAAUCAAGCCCGUGGGAGUGCGCCCUUCGGCGGCCAGAACCAGAUCGCCAACCCACAGUUCGCUGGAGGUGGCGGCGGGGGCGGGUCAGGGGCGGGGUUCGGGGGAUCCUCUCAGUUUGCUGGUGGGAGUGGGAGUGCGGCCUUGGGCAUCCACGCGCCGAGCGGCCAGAACGGCAACUCCCAGUUGGGUGGAGGCGGAGGCGGGGGCGGGUACGGGGGAUUCUAUCAGUCGACGCCGAUGGUCCAGCCGCCCGUGGGCAAUCCAGCCGGUGCGCGCGAGUGA